AUGGCUGGAGAAGACAUCGCGCCGCACUUCGAGACGCUGCAAUUACACGCUGGUCAUACGCCAGACGGUGCGACCAACUCCCGCGCUGUACCCAUCUACGCAACUACGUCCUACGUCUUCAAUGACUCCGCCCACGGCGCCAGGCUCUUCGGCCUCAAGGAGUUCGGCAACAUCUACAGCCGUAUAAUGAACCCUACGGUCGACGUCUUCGAAAAGCGCCUAGCGGCCCUCGAAGGCGGUGUUGCAGCGGUAGCGGCCGCGUCCGGCCAAGCGGCGCAGUUCAUGGCCAUUGCGGCACUCGCGCACGCGGGCGACAACAUUGUGUCGACGUCGAAUCUGUACGGCGGGACCUAUAACCAGCUGAAAGUUUUCUUCCCGCGGCUGGGCGUGCAGACGAAGUUCGUGACUGGGGACAGUGCGGAGGAUUUCAAGAAGGCAAUUGAUGAUAAGACCAAGGCGGUAUAUCUCGAGAGCAUUGGCAACCCGAGGUACAACGUGCCGGAUCUUGAAGCAAUUGCGAAAGUUGCGCAUGAGGCCGGGGUGCCUGUUAUUGUCGACAACACCUUCGGCGCCGGCGGCUACUUCAUCCGCCCCAUCGAUCACGGCGCCGACAUCGUCGUGCACUCCGCCACGAAAUGGAUAGGCGGCCAUGGUACGACCAUCGGCGGCGUCGUGAUCGACAGCGGCAAGUUCGACUGGGGCAAGCACGCCGCGCGCUUUCCGCAGAUGAACGACCCCUCAGACGGCUACCACGGCCUCAAAUUCUAUGAGACUUUUGGCGCCAUCACCUUCGCUAUUCGCGUCAGGGUUGAGAUCCUAAGAGAUAUGGGUGCGGCGUUGAACCCGUUUGCAGCGCAGCAGCUUCUGUUGGGCAUAGAGACGCUGAGUCUAAGGGCGGAGAGACAUGCACAGAAUGCGCUGAAGCUGGCGAAAUGGUUAGAGAGCAAUGAGAAUGUGGCGUGGGUGAGCUAUCCGGGGCUGGAGAGUCAUCAAAGCCACGAGCUUGCGAAGAAGUAUCUGAAGAGAGGGUUUGGUGGUGUGCUUUCUUUCGGUGUGAAGGGUGGCGCGAAAGCCGGAAGCCAGGUGGUGGACAACUUUAAGCUCAUCUCGAAUCUGGCGAAUGUUGGUGACUCGAAGACUCUGGCCAUUCAUCCGUGGACUACGACACACGAGCAGUUGAACGAGGAGGAGAGGGUCAACAGCGGUGUCACGGAGGAUCUCAUCCGUAUCUCGGUCGGCACAGAGCACAUCGACGACAUAAUCCAGGACUUCGAGCAGUCCUUCAAGAAGUCGGCGACCGAGCCGGAGGCCAAUGGUGAUGCAAGCAACGCAGAGAAGACGGGGUCACCUGAGGGUGAGGCGAAGCUUGGUGGUGCAACUUGA